AUGCGACGCGGAGCAAGUCUGCUGCAGACGGUCGCAGGUUGCAGCGCGGCGUGGUCGCAGCUGCGUUUUAUGUCCUCCACACCGCGUCAACUGCAGGGGGCACGUAGCGGGCAUUACCGCCCCUUCACCCCGGAGGAUGAGGCGCAGCUGGUGGCGGUGCUCACGACGAAGCCGCGGCACGUUGCCCGCUACGUGCGCCAGUCAAUGCUACACUCCCGACGCAGAAUAACGCAGUUCCGCAAUAGCGUGACCUUCUUGAUGAUUGCGCUGCAGUCCAAGCUACAAAAAGGCGAGAUCAAUCCGAGCGAUGCCUCGGCGCUGGCGGAGAGUCUCAUGCGGGAGUGUGUGGAGCUGCGCCAGGGAGACAUGGCGCACCUGCUCUUUCGUGCCUCCAUUCGUUUUCGGAGGUAUGGCAUGAAGAUUGGGUUUCAGCUAGUGAAGCAUCUCUUCGACUCCUACCGCACCGAAAACGCGAAGGAGCUUAUGAAAAACAUGGCGGAUGAAUUGCGCGGGGAAGACUCCCUCAAGUUGCUUGCCGUACUUGCGUAUCAGUUUGCCGGGCAAUACGCAGAGGCGCGUGAGCUGCUUCAGGAGAUUCCACAGGAGCAGCUUACAACCUCCGACUACACUGCACUCAUUGAGGCAUACGGCAUGACAUCCAGGUACGGAGAAAUCAUGGAACUCGUGCGACAACUUGUAGCUUUGCGUGCACCAAGCCGGAAUUCUCUGGAUUUUGACGCCAUCUUCUCCACAGGUAUUGUGGCCAUCCGCGGCGACGCCGAUGAAAUGGAAAAACUAAAGGGCAUGGCCAUGGAACUUAAAAUCAAGCUUUCAGAUCAGGCCAUAGGGGCGAUGAUACGCUCUCGCUUGCAAAGCGUGAGGUCAGUGGCCGAAGUCUACGAGGCAGAGGCGACCCUUCGCGAGGAGUUGGCGGUGAAGGCGCUCGGCAUGGCUGCGGAGACGGCGGUUAUUGCCAAGUGUAGCGAACUACUUGCCCGAAGUCAAAAGUCCGGGGAUGACGUUAUGCUGCAAAAGGUGCAGCACCUGGAGAGUGUCCUGGAGGAGUGCGUGCAGAAUGACACGGUGGAUGAGGUGGAGCCGUCCUACCUGCUUUCCUUGAUCAAGGGCUACGGCGCGUUGGGUCGGUUUGACGACAUGAAGCGGUGCUUUACUUCCUUGAAGGAUGCCGGGGUGGUGCAGGAUCAUCGUCUCUACGACGAGAUGCUGCGCUGGUAUGCGCAUGCCUAUAACCUGAAGGAAGUCAUUGCCCUGAAGGAGGAAAUGCAGGAGAAGCAGAUGUUUCACACUGCCCAGACCUAUCAGCAUGUUUUUCGUGUGCUUGACAAGUAUUACCCUCGUAUGGUGGAAAAGUACAUGAACGAAAUGCGUAGUAAAGGCAUUCAGAUUGAGGCAUUUAUGUAUCCAACGCUUCUGCGUGUGUUUGGGGAAUUACAGGAUUUUCCCAUCGUGGAGCAGCUUUAUCGUGAAAUCAAAGCCAAGGCGGCUAUGGGCAACACAAACGUCUUCUCCGCCGCCGUUGUCGUCCAGCUUCUAAAGACGUAUCAAAAUGACGUGGAGCGAUGCACGUCGAUCAUUCAUGAAGCCGAAAAUCGUGGACUCUUGGCGAAUGAGUUUGUGCAGGCGGAGAUUGUGCAGUUCUACUCAAUUCACAACCGCUACGAUCACCUCCAGGCGUUGGUGUCACGUCUUCCGUACAAGUCGCCCGACAUGUAUCGCGUGCUCCUUCGCGAUGCCUCGAAGCGAAAAGACCGUCGUGCGUUUAACGCACUUCUGCGGGAGAUGCAUGAAAAUCGUGUCGUUAUCAAUGAACGUAUCUUUAGCGUGGUCGUUUCGGCACUCGGGCACUUUAAUGACUUGGAGGGUGUUAAGCGUUACUUUCACGAGGCUCUCAUGAAUGACGCGGUUCGAACCCCGCUCUUUUUUGCCAUUGCCGCCUCUGCCUUUGCGCGCCUGGGUGAGACGCAGGCGGUGGAUGAGUGCUGGAACGACCUUGUGGCGUCCAAGGUGACCAUCACCAUGCCUGUGUACAACAAGUUUCUCGACCUGUACCUGGCGAGCAACAACGUGGAGAAGGUGCAGCAGAUCCUGAGCACCAUGAUGAAGCUUGUGCCGCCCAACCCCGUCACGGCCACAACCGUCGUUGACAUGCUCGGUAAGAUGGGACGCCUUGAGGAGAUGGAAUCGGUCCUGGAGGAGAUGUCGCACUCCACCAAUGCGGUGCCAACGCAGGUGACUUACCACCAGGCGAUGAACGCCUACGCGAAGACCGGUGACGUGGCAAAGAUGGAGGCAAUGCGGGCGAAGAUGAAGGAGGAGGGGUUUCAAGAAAACCAUGUCACUUUCAACAUUAUUUUUGAGGGCUAUGGGCGUGCAAAGCGGUAUGAGCACAUCAAGGAGUUGGUGGAGGAGCGAAGAAGCAAGCAGAUUCCCAUGGAGGAGUUUGCCUACGUGGGACUUCUCAACAUCUACUCACGUGCCCGCAUGGUGGAAGAGACAUCGAAGCUUGUGGAGGAGAUGGUUGCAAGUGGUGUGCCCUUCACGAGUCGAAUGCUGGCGACCGUGGCAACCUCCUUCAGCCACAUUGGGGACUUGCCAAGGAUGGAGCACUACAUUUCCCUCCUUCUUUCUCACCCUGACUGCCGUCAGCGCGAUGUGGAGUCGAUUUACCUCAUCUACUCCAAGAUGCGGGACACCGUCAAGCUGCAGGAGUUGCUAGACACAGAAAAGCUGCCCAAAACACAGUUUAUUUACAACGUCUGUGUGGGGGCCUUUGCGCGGUCGGGUGAGCACACCAAGGUGGCCUCCCUCCUGACACAGAUGGAGGAGAAGGGCUUCUCCCUCACGCGCAACACCAGCGUGACGCUCAGCUCGCUCCUGCUCAAGGCAGGAAAACUGGAGUUGGCGCAGACGGUGCUAAAAUGGAAGGGGUGUGCUCCACACCGGGGCGAGGAGGAGAGCGAUGUCGUGGUAGAAGAUGGAUCUGUCCUCGCUCCUCUUGAUAAGGAUGCGUCUCCGUCGUUCAGAUUGGAGACGACGGAAGAUAAAGCGGCUCUUGCCGCGACCGUUGGUGGCGGUGGUGUUGGUGGUGUGUCUGCAGUCUAA